CAAACAUAAAAAUAUCGUUAGUUAUUUAUUCUACAAAUAAAUCAAAUGUGUACUGAUUUUAUUAGCAGUAGUUUGGUUCAUUGUAACAUAUGAGAUCAUAGAACAAAAAGCUCUCAGCUUGCUCGUAAGGUGCUGUCAUUAGGUAGGUGAUUUGUCGUGUAUUUUUCGUGAAGCUGCGAAAUGCUGAUUUUUCACUUGAAAAAUAAAAAGGGCAAGCUAUACUCUGGAGAUAUGUCGCCAUUAGACAAUUAUUUAGUGAAUUCAAAAACUUUAUACAUGACCCCCUCCCAUAGUUCAUUAGUAGUAUUUAAGGUUGUAGAGUAAAUAAGUGUUUUCAAAUCCCCUGAGUGGUUUCGCUUUUUCUUAUCCGAUGUUUGCACCGUUUUAUUUAUCUUAAAUUCAGUAGCUGUUGUUUAGGAAAUGCAGAGAUUAUCAAUUUUGGAAAAUAAUACUUCCACUGAGCGCAAUGUCACAGCGAUAAUAGUCUUUCGAAGUAUAUAUUAUCCAAUUUUGUCCAAUUAUUUUGAAUAAUUUAAAACAACAACAGUUAGACAAUAAUGCUUAACGGGAUGAAUUCUUAAAAAUCAUUAACAUAUAAACUUGCAGAUUUUCAUUUUUUUUCCCCCACAAUAUUCCGGUUUUCUAUGAAUGCUGCCGGGGUUUCUGAGUUCCUGUACGAGCCAAUUUUUGUUAAUGCCUUAUUUACUAGGUUCUAAUUUAUUGUAUAUUAUUCAUUAACUAUCAUUUUUGUAAGAUAGAUAAAUUUAUCUCUAAUUUAUUCUAUAACCAGGCAGUAAACUUGGUAUAGUUCUUUCACAACACUUCAUUAAAUUUAAUACCUUGAGUGCAAUUCAGGACCUGUUAGAUUUUUCGAAUACAUGUAUUGUUAUAGGCUGUUAUUGUAUACCAUAUCCAUGUCACGAAAAAGCAUCACUGCCAUAACCGAAAUACUCUAGCAAUAGUAAAAAAAAAAAAAAGCCGUGGUGGAAUCGCGUUCAGUGCUUCCGUAGGAUCUUUCAAGGUCCUUUGACGUCUAAGGAUAAAGGCAGCUAUGCUCUCGCAUCUGGGUCGCAGCCUGGUACGCCCUCUGUCAGGUUGUUAUGCGAGUCCUUCUCGACUGUUACGUCAAAAACAGGGACUGUACAAUAAUGGUACAGUAGCUGCACGACGCAUAGCUACCUCAGAGCUGCUUAGAGAACUCGGCAAAAUCACUUCCGAACGUAAUGUGACUUCAAAUCCAAAUGAUCUUCGCCAGCAUGGUAAAGACGAGGGUCCCCAUGAGGUAGCUGAACCGCAGGUUGUCGUUUAUCCACAAAAUAAAGAGCAGAUAUCAGCUAUUCUUAAAUACUGCAAUAAGAAUAAGGUUCCAGUUAUCCCAUUUGGGGCAGGCUCGGGCCUUGAGGGAGGGUCAUCAGCUCCAACUGGGGGUGUUUGCGUCGAUAUGCAAUCGUUCAGUAAAAUUCUGAGAGUGAGUCCAGAAGACUUCGAUUGCACCGUUGAAGCAGCUGUAACGUGGCGGGCCCUAAAUUUCUUUCUCCGAGAUCAGGGCCUUUGGUUUCCAGUCGAUCCAGGCGCUGACGCAUCACUCGGCGGGAUGUGUUCGACAAGUGCAUCCGGCACCAAUGCUGUCCGCUAUGGUACUAUGCGUGAGAACGUUUUGAACCUUGAGGUAGUACUGGCCGAUGGGCGAAUAAUCAAAACAGCUGGCAUCAAAGGCCGAGCUAGGAAAAGUGCGGCGGGCUACAAUCUCACCAAUCUUUUUGUGGGAUCUGAAGGCACUCUUGGUAUUAUAACGGAGGCAACCCUUCGACUACAUGCGAUACCCGAAAAGCAGGUAAGCGCUGUUGUGCAGUUCGAGUCAGCGCGCAGCGCCACCGAUGCAGUCGUUGGGAUCCUCCAGAACGCCGUACCGAUUGCGCGGAUCGAAUUCAUGGAUGAACUCACGGUCAAAGCUUGUAAUGCAUAUUCCAGGACAUCACUGGCAGAUAAGUCAACGCUGCUCCUUGAAUUCGACGGCAGCGAAACUGGGGUUCGGGAACAGAUUGACACAGCGAAAUCCGUUUGCGAUGACAAUGGAGGAACAGAGUUUAGGUGGGCUGAGAGUCCUGAGGAACGAGCUCAUCUGUGGAAAGCGCGUCAUGCUGUAUUCUACGCAACAUGUGCAAUGGCGCCUAAUACAAAAUGCUACACAACCGACGUCUGCGUACCAAUCUCAUAUCUGCCCGAGUUGCUUGAGUCCACUAAGAAGGAUAUUGAAGAAACAGGCAUUUUCGGAACCGUAGUAGGACAUGUUGGUGAUGGCAAUUUUCACACAAUGCUUCUUUUCGACCCAAAUGAUCCGUCGUCGUUCGCAAAAGUCCACGCUGUUGGCGAAAAAAUGGCACUCAAAGCAAUUGAGCUAAACGGAACUUGCACCGGGGAGCAUGGCAUUGGUCUAGGAAAGAAGAAGCUUCUACUAAAGGAACACGGAGAAGAUUGCGUUUCAGCCAUGAAGGCUAUUAAAUUUGCUUUGGAUCCCAACAAUAUACUUAACCCAACUAAAGUCUUCGAUUGAAUAUCUCAUUGGCAUUAGCUGUUUUUUAUUACUUCAAGUAUAUGUAUCCUAAGAUAUGAAUUGGACAUAUUAGACGGACUCGUAGAUUUAUAUAGACACUUAUAGAUGAACUUUUAAAACGUAAUAGUAUUGGUUAUCUUCAAUACAAACCCGAGCUGUAAAAGUUACAAUGAACGCCUGUAAUAAACUAAUAGAGUG